AUGGCCGACGCGACUGGAGGCGACGCUCCUGCUCCUGCGGAACAUUUGAACAUAAAAGUAACCGAUAAUAACAAUGAGGUCUUCUUCAAGAUCAAACGAACAACACAACUCAAGAAAUUGAUGGAUGCCUUUUGCGACCGUCAAGGCAAGCAACCAUCGACAGUUCGGUUUUUGUUUGACGGCACCCGGGUUCGCCCGGAAGAUACCCCUGACACGCUGGACAUGGCCGACGGCGACACGUUGGAGGUCCACCAGGAGCAGAUCGGCGGCUGA